AUGGCUUACUGCAUCCGCUAUGCGACAGGAUUCGAUUCCAAUGACAUCGUUGGCUGGGGAACAACUGGCAUGGUGUGCCUAGACAAAGCGUCGCAAACGGUCAUCAAGACCGCUCACGACCAGGACACUGAGGAUAGGAUUGCCGUUGAGAAGGCCAUCUAUGAGCGAUUCAAGCAGCGCGGUGGGCAUCAUGGGCUACUUAAAUAUUACGGUCAAUACGACUCCGGUAUCCGCCUCGAGUAUGCUCCAAAAUGGAACCUCUCUAGCUAUCUUAACAAGCACCCCGAGGUAGAUGGUGAGCAGAGGCUACACUGGGGGUAUCAGAUUACAGACGCCCUCUAUUACGCUCAUACUUCGAAGGUUAUCCACGGCGAUCUAACUCUCAACAACGUCUUCUUAACCGACAACCUUAACGCGAAGCUAGCAGACUUUGGCGGCUCGUCCCUAGAUGGAUCCCCUCUACUUGUCAUCGCAAAUGCCAGCCAUCGAUAUCCAGGUCCUAGGCAAUCUAUCCCUGCCGACCUCUUUGCUCUAGGCUCUGUCCUCUACCAUCUCAUGACCGGGGUGAAUCCCUAUCAGGACCUCCUGGAUCAAGGGCACGACGACGAGAUUCAGACAUUGAUCCAAAACGGCGAAUUCCCGGAGACAGACUCUCUCGGGCCAGUUGGAACGAUAAUCACAAAAUGCUGGCGAGCUAUAUAUACCAGCGCUGCUGAUGUCCGCAAGGAUAUAGAAGGUAUGAGUGCUGACUGGGGAUCCUUGUUCACUUCGAUGGGAAGUACCAACUGA